CGCCGGUAGAAGUAGAAGCUUUAGAAGAGUGAGGAAAGUCGCCCGAAAAAGAGAGAAUAAUUGAAUCUUAGAUUCCUUUCAGUGUUGAUGCAAUAAUAGGGUAACAUUCGGAGAUGAGUACGGCGGCGGAAGGAGAUGCGGCGGAUUUGGCGGAGGCGCAGUACGUGAAGGCGAAGACCUCGGUGUGGUGGGACAUAGAGAAUUGCCAGGUUCCUAAGGGUUUGGACGCUCACGGGAUUGCGCAGCACAUCAGUUCGGCGCUGGUGAAGAUGAACUACUGUGGUCCUGUCAACAUCUCCGCCUAUGGAGACACUAAUCGAAUCCCUCCUUCCAUUCAGCAUGCCCUCUCUUCCACCGGAAUCGCCCUCAAUCACGUUCCCUCCGGAGUGAAAGACGCGAGCGACAAGAAGAUUCUGGUGGACAUGUUGUUCUGGGCGGUGGAUAACCCUGCGCCUGCGAAUUUCAUGCUCAUCUCCGGUGAUAGGGACUUCUCUAACGCGCUUCACCAGUUGCGAAUGAGGAGGUACAAUAUUCUUCUUGCUCAACCUCAGAAGGCUUCAGCCCCUUUGAUCGCUGCUGCAAAGACUGUAUGGCUUUGGACCAGCCUUGCAGUGGGAGGACCUCCUCUCACACGCGGUGAAUCCUCGCAACUUAUUGCCAAUGGACGUUAUCCUUCUGAUUCUGAAAGAUCGACUCUUUCUGUUGCUGAACAAGUUCAGUCCAGCCAAUCGAUGGAUCCAAACCCGGAUGCCAGAAGGAUUAUGGAUAAUAAAAACAAAGUAAAAUUUACUCUGAAACCAUCAAAGCAGGUCACUGGGUUGAGGGUUCAGGAGCCCAAGGAUCUCUCUCGUCAGCAGCAACCUGCUCAAGGAAAGCAGUUUAUGAAAGCUCCACAUGAGUUCUUCGGCAACAGUGACCCGAAUUCUACAAGCAGGCCUGCUCCUAAUACUUUACCUAACCUUACCAACCCUGUGGGCAAUACCAGCAACAAUGUGACUGGUAAUCCUCAGAACCAUUACCAUUAUCCUCCAAGGCCAAGUCCGUUACCUGUGCAACAGCCUUAUCAUAACCCUGACCCUUCCCUGAAUAAUGGAAAUGGCAUCUCAAACAAUACUCAGAAUCAUUAUCCUGCUCCUGCAAGGCCAGGUGGGUUUGCUGCACGGCCGAGUUAUGGUCCAAAUAAUCUGCAGCCGCCUGUUGGUAAUGGCUUCCGUCCAAUGCAUCCAAGAAAUGAUGGUCCUAGAUUUCCUUACGCUUCUGCUACCAAUUUACCUGAUAUCGGCAAUCUAAAUUUGUCCCAGUAUCCAAAUCAUUCUCAAAAUCGCCCUAAUUUCAAUCCCAAAGCUGGACAAGAGUUCAGACCGAACGUUCAGCACCCCUCCUAUCCUCCUAGCUUCAACGGUCUGAAUGACAGUUAUGUUUCACAGGUUCCAGGCAAUACAAACUCCUCUGGUCCUGAAGUCUCAGCCCAAGUGCCGAAAACAGUUGCUGGUAUUGGUUCCAGCAAUGCUAUGUGGGGAACUCCAGGGUCCCAACCUCCACCGUCUGAGCAUGUGCAAGGCCUUAUUGGUGUUAUCUUACUUUCUUUAAACACCUUGAAAAAUGAAAAGAUUAUGCCUACAGAGCAUAACAUAGCCGAUUGCAUUCGGUAUGGAGAUCCCAAGCAUCGUGGCACUGACGUCAAGAAGGCUUUGGCCAGUGCUAUUGAGCAUCAUAUGAUUGCGGUGACAAAUGUGGGUAAACUAAGACUCUAUAUUGGCAAAUAUGAGACUUUAUGGAAGUGUGUAAAUCCCUUGGGAGGAAACCCAAGGCAAUACCCAAAAGCAACUUGGGAUAGGAUUCGUCGAUUUCUGACAUCUUCUUCCGGGCGGGCGGCAAUUAUGGCAACACAAUGCAGGUUCGAAGCUGCACAAGUUAUGAAAAAAGAAUGUCUUUAUGAGCUUACUUUGGGUGAUGUACUUCAAAUCAUGAAUAUUACAGCAACCUCAAAGAAAUGGAUUACUCAUCACCAGUCAGGGUGGCAACCUAUUACUAUUACCCUCGCUGCCGAAGAUACAGACGAGGCAGGUACCACCAGAACAGGUGCCUGAUUCUAUUCUCUCGUUGCACAUCAUAUACUGAAGGAGUGGCACAAUAAGUAAGUGACUACUCUCUAUAACAAGGAGAUGACAAAUAUAGAGCACAAGAGGUAGGUAUGGAUAGUGUAUUUCCAUAUCAUAAAACCAAAACCAAAAUGCUCACCAACUCAUUCAGGUUAUGCCAAGUACCGGUGUAGCAGUCAGUAUCACUUUCACGUAUCAGUUUUCUUCAAUUCUAGUAGUGUUGUAAUGUCUAAAGAUGGCGUUGGCUUUAGAAAGAGUCAAAGGCCUAAAUGGUGUUGGCUGUAUAGCUCGUGAAGGCAGGUGGCAGCUUAGGCAAUGGUUGAUAAUGCCAUUGCUAGGUGGAGUUUAUAUGCUACAGAGACAGACAGCCUUUUGAAAAGACACCUUCAAGUUCUCUUACCAAAGACGAGAAGGCUUUAUGAUUGCUAACGGAGCUUCCUGGACAAUGUUAGGUAUUGUCAAGAGUAUCUCUAGUGAACAAUGUUGCAUUGAAAUCGAACUACCGUUCGCUGAUUCUCAGUGUCGGCCUGUCUGCCUUUUCUGGAUUCUUAGUGUCUUCCUUUGUUUACACUUUUAUAAAAUAUCUUCUCUUUCCGGUAUGGUUUAUGUAAAUUAUUCUAUGUAAUUCAGUCGAUUUAAUUAACGCCCAAGUAAAUGUAGGGCGAACAAAAACAUCAUAAAAGUCAAAUUACAGA